GUCCACUGGCAGCCACACGGCUGACACACUCAGUCAGGGGUCAGGCCCAGGUCAUUUGUCUGUUCUGAACCUCUCCCGCCAGCCGCAGCAAAUCGCCAGACGUCGUCGGACUGAUCUCAAAGACACGCACACACACACAAACAGAGACAGACAGACAGACAGACAGACAGAGACACAGACGUUGACCCAUGUCGGCGGGCACGUUGACGGGUGCGUGCCCCCCUCCCCACGGCAGCUCACAUUCUGUGUAGGGUCCCUCUGCCGACCAGGUCCUGAAUGUGGAAUGCCAUGCCGAGCUGCGACUGCUUUAAGGGCUUCUGACGCACCUCAAGCUCCAAUAUCUCCUUGAACCGACAUCUGCACGCCCAAACAGAUGAUGAUCACAUUCCCCCGUGAGUGCCCGUGCGUGUGAUGUUGGUUGUCUGCGUGUGUCCACACCUUCUGAAUCGUGUGAGCAGCUCAUUUCGUCCCUUGGUCAGCCACCCUACGAACGCCCCCAACCUGGGCAGUGUCCACCCGUAUUUGGUGCUGUCGACAGCCUUCAGGAAGCCCAGACGGAACAGCAAAGACACGACCGCAUCCACUUUGUCGCCGUGGGCAUCACCCAGGAACUCCUCCAGGAGUGAGUGCAUGUCGUCCUUGGCGAUGUUGAAGUGACUGUGGAAGCGAAAUACGCGCUCGUCCAGCCAGGUGGCCAACUGCUCAAAUGACGCGGCAUCGAGGGGCGGCGGGGGUGAGGACGCCAGCUGCCUGUAGGCCUGAAAUUGACUCCUCAUGGCCGCCAGCAGGUCUUGAGUAAAAACGACGGCCAUGUCGCCCUCAGACAACGGCAGCCGGAUCUGGCGCAGCUCGGCCCUUGACAGCAUCACCUCAAUCUCUGCGGAAACGACCUCAGACCACAUCAGAUGCAGAAAUCCAUAUGUCCCCAUCCCACGUCAGCCGCUCACCUCUGUCAGUCUGUGUCUUGUCGGCAUCUCCCAUGGCGUACAGCUGGUGACGCAGCAGGACCGGCACACAGAAGCCGCACUGCUGAGGGAACUGCGCCCGCAGCACGAGCAGUGCUUGGAAUGUGCGGCAGGGCGGCGAGAUCUUGGGAUGGAUGGGCGGCAGGGAUGAGGCGAGAGCAGCCGCUGACGCACCGUCAUCGUUGAUGCCGUCACAUUGCUCACCCGAAUCAGCUAUCCAAACAAACCAGAUCAUCAGAUCUUCCGUGGACCAGUUCUUUUCGUUUAUUCGCUGCCCAUCUUUCUAUACCUGAAGCGCUCAUCGUUCACCUUUCCCUUCGCUGCACUUCCACA